GCUGGUCGACCAGUUCGAGUGGGACAUGUCGGAGAGGGACAACUCACCUGAGAAGUUUGCGCUGAAGCUGUGCUCGGAGCUGGGCCUGGGCGGGGAGUUUGUUACCACCAUCGCCUACAGCAUCCGGGGGCAGCUGAGCUGGCAUCAGAGAACGUACGCGUUCAGUGAGAACCCACUGCCAAUCGUAGAGAGCGCACUCCGAAACACCACCGACGCAGACCAGUGGUGCCCACUUUUGGAGACGCUGACCGACGCAGAGAUGGAGAAAAAGAUUCGUGAUCAGGACAGAAACACCAGACGGAUGCGACGGCUUGCCAACACCGCUCCCAGCUGGUAACGCGGGAUGCUUCGCGAUGGUGCCGGCUCUCAGUCACAUUGCU